AUGGUCAGCGAGCUACCUUGUGCUUUUAUCUUGCCUGCAGUUGUUGCAUCUUCUUCUCCAUCUGAACAGAUAGCAAUGUUGGAAGAGAGGACUCAGAGAUCUGAGCCUUCUGGAGUAAAGCCACCUUCAAGAGGGGUGAGCUUAUGGGACCAGAGAAGUGCUUAUGAAGUCGUCAGUGCCUCUUUUCUGAAUGGAGACUUCUGGAUCCCAAUAAAGAGCAUCGACUCAAAGAAUCAUCCAGAAGUGCUGAAUGUUCGAAUACAACUGGAAAGCAAAGACCUCAUCCUAAAUCUGGAAAGAAAUAAAGGGCUCAUUGCCAGCAGUUUCACGGAAACCCACUAUCUGGAAGAUGGUACUGACGUCUCCCUCACUCGAAAUUACACGGGUCAUUGUUACUACCAUGGACAUAUGCGAGGAUAUCCUAGUUCGAUGGUCAGUCUCAGCACCUGUUCUGGUCUCAGGGGACUUAUUAUGUUUGGCAAUGAAACAUACAUCUUAGAACCAAUGGAAAAUGCAACCGAUAGAUACAAUCUCUUCCCAGGGAAGAAUCCGAAGAGUAUCUGGGGAUCGUGUGGAUCACAUCAUAACACGUCAGGCCUCGCCACAGAUAACAUGUUCCCGUCGUCCCCUCAAGCGUGGGCAAGAAGGCAUAAAAGGGAGACUCUCAAGAUGACCAAGUAUGUAGAGCUGGUUAUCGUAGCAGACAACCGAGAGUUUCAGAGGCAAGGAAAAGAUCUGGAAAAAGUUAAGCAGCGAUUAAUAGAGAUUGCUAAUCACGUUGACAAGUUUUACAGACCACUGAACAUUCGGGUCGUCUUGGUAGGCGUGGAAGUGUGGAAUGAUAUUGACAAAUGCUCCAUAAGUCAGGACCCGUUCACCAGCCUCCAUGAAUUUUUGGACUGGAGGAAGAUGAAGCUUCUACCUCGCAAAUCCCAUGACAAUGCACAGCUUAUCAGUGGGGUUUAUUUCCAAGGGACCACCAUCGGCAUGGCACCAAUCAUGAGCAUGUGCACAGCAGAACAGUCUGGAGGAGUUGUCAUGGACCAUUCAGACAGCCCUCUUGGUGCCGCUGUGACCCUGGCACACGAGCUGGGCCACAAUUUUGGGAUGAAUCACGACACAAUGGAGAGAGGCUGCAGCUGUAAGACGGCGGCUGAUAAAGGUGGCUGCAUCAUGAACCCUUCAACCGGGUACCCGUUUCCCAUGGUGUUUAGCAGCUGCAGCAGAAAGGACUUGGAGAACAGUCUGGAGAAAGGAAUGGGGAUGUGUCUCUUUAACCUGCCGGAAGUCAAGCCGUCUCUCGGGGGCCAGAAGUGUGGGAACGGAUAUGUUGAAGAAGGAGAGGAGUGUGACUGUGGAGAGCCGGAGGAGUGCACAAAUCGCUGCUGCAAUGCAACCACCUGCACCUUGAAGCCAGACGCUGUGUGUGCACACGGGCUGUGCUGUGAAGACUGCCAGCUGAAGCCUGCGGGGACGGCGUGCAGGGGCUCUGGCAACUCCUGUGACCUUCCAGAGUUCUGCACGGGGGCCAGUCCUCACUGUCCCGCCAACGUAUACCUGCACGAUGGACACCCGUGUCAGGGGGUGGAUGGCUACUGCUACAACGGCAUCUGUCAGACCCACGAGCAGCAGUGCGUCACUCUCUGGGGACCAGGUGCUAAACCUGCCCCUGGGAUCUGCUUUGAGAGAGUCAACUCAGCAGGCGAUCCUUAUGGCAACUGUGGCAAAGACUCCAAGAGUUCCUUUGCCAAGUGCGAACUGAGAGAUGCCAAAUGUGGAAAAAUCCAGUGUCAAGGAGGUGCCAGCCGGCCGGUCAUCGGUACCAAUGCCGUUUCCAUAGAAACAAAUAUCCCACUGCAGGAAGGAGGCCGGAUUCUGUGCCGAGGGACCCAUGUGUACUUGGGCGAUGACAUGCCAGACCCAGGGCUUGUGCUUGCAGGCACAAAGUGUGCGGAUGGAAAAAUCUGCCUCAGUCGUCGAUGUCAAAAUGUCAGUGUCUUUGGUGUUCACGAAUGUACAAUGCGAUGCCACGGCAGAGGUGUGUGUAACAACAGGAAGAACUGCCACUGUGAGGCCCACUGGGCACCUCCCUUCUGUGACAAGUCGGGCUUUGGUGGAAGCACAGACAGCGGCCCCACCCGGCAAGCAGAUAACCAAGGUUUGACUAUAGGAAUUCUGGUGACCAUCUUGUGUCUUCUCGCUGCUGGAUUUGUGGUUUAUCUCAAAAGGAAGACCUUGAUACGACUGCUAUUUACGCAUAAAAAAACAACCAUGGAAAAGCUAAGGUGUGUGCGCCCUUCCCGGCCAUCCAGUGGCUCCCAGGCUGGUCAUGCCCACCUCACCCACCUCGGAAAAGGUCUGAUGAGGAAGCCGCCGGGUUCCAACCCACCUAAGGACAAUCCCAGGAGAUUGCCACAGGGUCAGAAUGUUGACAUCAGCAGACCCCUCAAAAGCCUGGACAUCCCUCAGCCCCAGUCAACUCCAAGAGUGCUCCCUUCAAUCCAUCAGGCCCUGCGUGCACCCAAUGUUCCUGCCAGACCCCUGCCAGCCAACCCUGCACUUAGGCAGGUCCAGGGAACCCGUAAGCCAAACCCUCCUCAGAAGCCUCUGCCCGCCGAUCCUCUGAGCAGGACCACACGGCCACUCCAUGCCACAGCCAGGACCCCAGGACAGUGGGAGCCCGGGCUCCACCUGGUACCCCUCAGAUCUGCUCCUAAGUAUCCACACCAAGUGCCCAGAUCCGCCCACACUGCCUAUAUCAAGUGAGAAGCCGACACCUUUUUUCACCAGUGAAGACAGAAGUUUGCACUAUCUUUCAACUCCAGUUGGAGUUGUUUUUUGUACCAACUUUUAGAACUUUUUUAAAACACCAUUAUUUUAAGAACUUUGAGCUACUGCC